UCAAGUGACAAGACUAUCGAUAGUAUCGUCUAUAGUUCGACAGCUCUAUUUGACAAUUUUGACUGAUUUUAUUUUUUUAUUUGGCCGAUGUGUUUUUAGAGUAAAUAUUUGGAAGAUUCCCUGGACAAUAAGCAGUUAAAGGAAAAUUAUCAACUGAAUGCCAACCAUGGAAAUUAGCAUUAAGUGGAACGUUUGUCGUGUCUGUUUAGCAGAGGAGCAACAACAUCAUCCAAAAUAUAUUCUGAUUGAUAGCAAAAUGGCCAAACAAAUUUAUGAUAUUGCUGGCGUACAGAUGAAUAACAGCGACAAUCUACCUGACAAGAUUUGCCGUAAAUGUGUGCUACUGCUAAAAUAUGCAUGCCACUUUAGUCAAACAUGCCGCAGCUCAGAAGAAUAUUUGCAGUCAGUUAUUCAAAAAACAAAAUCGGCUACGUCUAUGUUAAAAAUGGAUAAACGGAGAGGGCAUUCAGUGGAAUUACUGGAAGAGAUUUUUAAGGAAGAUGCUGAAUUGAUAUCUGCAAAUAAAGACGAAGCGCUACACGAUUCAACAAUGGACGACGAUUUAAAAAUUAAUAAGGAUAAAUUGAUAAAUUCACCAGUACUUGCUGAGAAAAUUGGAGAUGGCGGAGAGGAUAAAGAAAUAUGUCCAACUAAAUUAAUGAGAGCUAUUCCGAGAACAACCACAGCUUUUAAUAUGCAGCAAUCUCAAAGAACACAACAUGUUAAAAGGACCACAAAAUUCUUCGUGAUGAAGGAUAAUGAUAAAGUAGGCGGAGCAACAUUUAAUAAUAAGUUAAAUAAAAUUAACAGAGAUGUGGAAAAUUUCGAACAUGAAUUCUCAUAUGACGAUCAUGAAGAAAAUGAAUUAGAUGGGUUCGAUGACAGCAAAACAAAUAAUAAAGAAGAGGCUUUACUUGUAAGUAAAUCCAACUCAGAAUGUAGCAUGGAUAUGGAUUAUAUUAAUGACGACGCCCAAAAACAAGAAGAUACCAACGAAUGCAGUUUAAACAAUGAAGAAGAUAGCAAUGUUAAUGAAACAGAUAAUACACUUGGUGUAGAAAAAAACGCGGAAAACGAGAAAAUAUUACCCAACAGUGACGACGAACAGGAGCAAGAAACCGAUGAACUAUUUUACAUAAUCGAAGAACCCGUAAUUAAGGAAGAAGAUUCUAUAAUUCAACAAAAUGUACAUGUUGAAGCCGAUGUAGAAGUUGAACCGAAUUUAGACGUUGAAGAAAAUGCAGACGCAGAAUCGGAGUCUACCAUGCAGCUUAUUGAGGAUUUAACUGAAGCCGAUGGUUGCGAUGAAGGAGAAGAACCUGGUUAUGAAAGGUCUGAAACCAACAGAUCAGUGGUACAGAUGGAGGAGUAUCUAAUAGAUGAAAGUGAUAUAGGAUCAGUUGCUCAGCAAGAAUUAGAAUCAAGUGAGGAGCUCGCCUCGAACCGACCCAGUACAACGACUAUUAAAAUUAGGGAUCGAGAACAACGCAGCUCGCCGCAUAGUCGCAGAAAAGCGAAUUUUUCUUUAAUGUUUUCCUGCGACGUUUGCGGUAAUCAUUUCACCAACCGUAGCUUGAGAAAUUAUCAUAUGCGUAUACACCGUCAAGAAAAAAAUUUCGAAUGCGAAUUGUGUUUUAAGCGCUUUACCGCGGCAUGUAACUUGACAGCGCACAUGCGCAUACACACAGGAGAAAAACCCUACGAAUGUCAAUACUGCUUCCGGAGGUUUACAGAUCGUAGCACGCACGUGAAACAUGAACGAGUACACACAAAUGAAAAACCUUUUCAAUGCAACACAUGUGGUAAAUCUUUCGCCUUGUCCACAACGCUUCGUACGCAUGAAAAGGUGCACACUAACGAAAAACCCUUCAAGUGUGAGCCCUGUAACAAAUCUUUCAAACUACCUCACCAGCUAAAGUCCCACUUACUUACAAACCAACAUAAAAACAUUCUGAUGGCUAGUGAGUUGGGGAACUUGGAUUAUGAAAAAUGUAUUUAAAUAAAAAUCUUAGUUAUUACUUAGUUUAGCUUCGUUUUAUUACAAAUAUUUUCAUAUGAAUAUUCAAAUUAAUUUGCAGUGCUUCACGAAUAUAAAAGUAAUUACAUACGUAUUUGUAUCCCACAACGUCUCUUCUGACGUUAAGAUUUCGAAAUCUGUACCCGCGUUCAAAGGUACUUAUUCCGCCGACUUUGGUUUAAUUGUAAGCAACGUAAUAUAAGUAAAUUACAUUACCACACACAGUGGCGAUCGCGUAAAUAGCACACUUACAUAUAUUUUUUUAAAUAUUCACAAUGUUUUGCGUGAUAUAUUUUUUUGGUAAUAAUAUAUAAAAAUAAAGUCGAUGCUAUACCAUAAACUAUAUAAGUCAAAGUUUAAAACUUUGUGCACAAUUCAGGAAAAUUUAACAAAUUUCAAAAAAAUGUCAUUAA